AUGGCGCUGUGUCAAAACAGACUGCAAGAGGAAAGGAAGCAGUGGCGACGAGAUCAUCCUUUCGGGUUCUACGCCAAGCCUCUGCGCACCAAGGAAGGUGUUCUCGAUGUCAAGAACUGGGAAUGUGGGAUCCCUGGAAAGGACAAUACCAUCUGGGCUGGUGGUCUUUUUAAGUUGACUAUAGCUUUUCCUGACGAGUACCCCACGAAGCCUCCCAAGUGCAAGUUUGUCCCCCCGCUAUUCCACCCGAAUGUUUACCCUUCCGGCACCGUCUGCUUGUCCAUUCUCAACGAGGAAGAGGCAUGGAAGCCUGCCAUUACUGUCAAGCAAAUUCUACUUGGUAUUCAAGACCUCUUGAACGACCCAAAUCCCGAGUCUCCGGCUCAGGCGGAUGCGUACAAUCUGUUCAAGAGAGAUCGCGCCGAGUACGAGAAACGUGUCCGUCGUACAGUCCGCGAAAACCCUACCCCUUGA